ACCCGAUUGAAGGCAUUGGUAGUUGUCAGCACGGAUUGGUUUGUCAGGGACCAACCAAAUUACUAACCCUGCUAAAUGCAAAAAAAUCGAAUGGCAGUUUGAUUUCGACCGCUGCGUCCCAGAGUGGAAAUAACAUGUUGUUUCCAAUGUCGGCUCUUGUUAGGAAACAUGAUCUCUGUUGGUCGACAAGCCUUAGCUAACGUUAGCUUAGUAAGCUACAAAAUCGUUUGUCAAACAAAGGAAUGGUUGGUAAUACCGACAUCCAGUCAUCAAUAAACGCUGUCAAGGACACCAUCCCUGUGUAUAAAUGAGAAUAAGCCGUCUGAAGGCUGGCUUUGACUGCUUUUAACGCGUUAACUAGCCUUUCCUGGUCUUUCUGGUAUUUACCAUGUACUAAAUAUUCACCAGCCAACCGAGCUAGCAUUGUUAGCUUCCUCACAAAAAACACUCAGUUAAAGCAUUUAAGCAGCCAGUGUAUUUAGAGGCUUCAUAAAUAUAUAACUACUGUAGAUAUCAGACCAUUAUAUUCUGUAUCUUAGUCUCAUGUUGAACUAAUCUAAUCAGUCUUUAAACCCGUUAUUAUGCAAAACAUUAGGGACAUUUUACGUUAGAGUGACGCAAGACCUAGCUAACUGUUAGCACGAAUAAAAUGAACAACCUUGCCUAUCCUGUGUGAUGAAGAGAGGCUUGGGACAAUAACAAGCUAUGGAGCAGUACACCACUGCCACCACCACCACUGGGGAGCAGAUAGUAGUGCAGACUGCCAAUGGACAAAUCCAGCAGCAGACACAGGGCACAGUGACGGCUGUGCAGCUGCAAACAGAGGCUCCAGUAGUGACGGCCUCAGGUCAGCAGGUGCAGACACUCCAGGUAGUCCAGGGACAGCCUCUGAUGGUCCAGGUGAGCGGUGGGCAGCUCAUCACUUCAUCAGGGCAGCCCAUCAUGGUCCAGGCUAUGUCAGGGGGUCAAGGUCAAACCAUAAUGCAGGUUCCGGUAUCUGGAGCCCAGGGACUUCAGCAGAUCCAGCUGGUGCAGCCGGGACAGAUCCAGUUGCAGGGCGGUCAGACCCUCCAGCUCCAGGGUCAGCAGGGUCAGCCCCAGCAGAUCAUCAUUCAGCAGCCUCAGACAGCCAUCACUGCUGGACAGAACCAGGGGCAGCAGAUCAGCGUGCAGGGCCAGCAGGUAGCCCAGACGGCUGACGGACAGACCAUCGUCUACCAGCCUGUAAAUGCAGACGGCACCGUACUACAGCAGGGAAUGAUCACCAUUCCAGCCGCCAGCUUGGCAGGCGCCCAGAUUGUACAAGCAGGCGGUGCCAACACCAACACUACUAACAGCGGCCAAGGCACUGUGACCGUCACCCUGCCCGUCUCCGGCAACAUGGUCAAUGCAGGUGGAAUGGUCAUGGUAAGACCCUGUGCAGAGAUGGUGCCUGGAGGUGGUGGAGUUCCCACAAUGCAACGUAUCCCACUGCCAGGGGCUGAGAUGCUGGAGGAGGAGCCGUUGUACGUCAACGCUAAGCAGUACCACCGUAUCCUGAAGCGGAGACAAGCCCGGGCUAAGCUGGAGGCAGAGGGCAAGAUUCCCAAAGAGAGGAGGAAAUAUCUUCACGAGUCCCGUCAUCGUCAUGCUAUGCAGCGUAAGAGAGGGGAUGGAGGACGUUUCUUUUCACCUAAAGACAAAGAAGAAAUGGCUUUGGCCCUGGCACAGCAGCAGCAGGAUGUCGGCCAGGCAGGUGGAGAUGAGACGGUGGCUCAGAUGAUUCGAGUCUCAUAGCACUGUUGACCAAACCACCCUUUAUGUCUUUGAACUACAUCUUGCCUAAGACUCCUCAUCCCAGCCAAACCAUCUGUUGUACCCCCUCCUGUCAUUUGUGCUCACAUCUGCCCCACCAUCAUCCACCCACCUACCCACAGCUCCAGUCUCUGUUGGCGUUUGGCCCCUUCACUGGUCUUCCAGGCACCUGGCCACAUGGAUGCUGAGCCUGAGGACUGCUCUGUUCCUCUUCUCGCAUAUCGAAGAUGCUUCCGGCUUUUGUGGUCAAGCUCUUAGGGCCAACGUUUAAUUUAAUUUAUCUUUUUUUCAUAUGGUUUUGUUUGGACAAUGUUAACAUGUGAAGGUUUGUGGAACCAGGUCAGAAAUGACAGCUGUGAAGCCAUAUUCUGUUGAAAACUGGUCCAUUUAAAAGUUGAGAUUUGUCACCAGGGGAUACUUUUUGCUUAUAUUGUAUUUUUGGUGAAUGGUACAGCCUUUUGAUUUACUCAUUAGGAGUUAAUGAUAAACUUGUCAUGUGUCUUAUGUGAUGUUUUGAAUUUUGAGGUUUUUUUUUUUUUCAUCCCAUGUACUUUGGGGGACACUCUAUGUUGUAGGUGUAGCCUACAUUGUUAAGCAGUGACUAAUGUGCGAUGCUAAAGUUGAAAAAAUUUUGUACAGAAAUUAUUUUCCCCUCAAUGUAUAUUGGAUGUACUAAGUUGCUCAGUGGAUGGACUUGGUGUUCAUAGGUUAAAAAAAGAGUAAGUGUUGCAUCAUAUAACAUAUACUAUUCAUGUACUUAUUUAGUAGUCAGUCCACAUGAGUGUUCUUGCUUUUUUUAUUGUAGUUUUUUACCCAUGAAGUGCAGUCCUGCAAUGUUUUUUAUAAUUAAAAAAAGUUGGAAGGUGAAUUCAUGAAACAUUGUCAAUUAAAUUUUAUGAAGUAAUUUCA